GCUUAUUGCAGCUAUGUCUUUCGCGUUAAUGUAAGGAUUGUUGGUUGCUACGGCUGAUAUGCGCUAGAAGUUUACCAGAGAGUGUAUUGAUCGGAAGGGGCAUAGAGGCCUCGGCGGGAACCGCAGUGGAUCAUGGGAGAUUGGGUGGUUUAGUCUAGGCCUUGGGUUUACGACCAGUGACUCAUCUUGGCGUCUCGCAGCAUCUCUGGUCCUGUGUACGGAUUACUAUAAAGCUGACACAGCGAACAAACUCUCGCGAAAUUAGCACCAGAUUGGAGUGAAAUGCUAACACCCAGCGGUUUCCGGGUCAAGAGGUGACCGUGGAGGGAAGGGCGUGAAGCCGAGUGACCACUACACGGAUUCUGGGGACAUUACCGGGCAUUUUGAUUGUUUUGCUAGCCGCGGCGGCGAUGGGCAGCCACAGCUAACAGCUAACCACAGCCAGCUAGCUAACGUUAGCCCCCUGCUGACUGACAGUCCACCGCUGGUCACAUGAAGUGAAUUUGUCCGGAGCAGGAUGGCGGAGCGGGACGCGCCGCUGGGGGAUGCACCUCUGCAGUCCUCUUCGGAGGCUUCCCAAAGUUCUGACAUGCUGAAUUCCUCCGAUGAAAACGGACACGUUGACAGUCCGGAUGAGACCCUCUCUCCGACAUCGGUGAUUUACUUCAAGGAGGCGUUAAACUCGUCCAACCUGAGGUUCGGGAAGGCUCAGGUUGGGUCGCGGUCGCCCACUUCGCUUCGACAGUACGACUUCAAGAUCGAAAGAGUCGACUCCAAAAACAGAAACCCGAAGGAUCCGAUUGCAAUUGAAAGGCUUAACUUAAUGAACAUGGCCAAACUGAGCAUCAAGGGCCUGAUUGAGUCUGCGCUAAACCUCGGGCGCACACUGGACUCCGACUAUGCACCUCUCCAGCAGUUCUUCGUUGUGAUGGAGCACUGCCUCAAACAUGGGCUGAAAACUAAGAAGACCUUCCUGGGCCAGAACAAGUCGUUCUGGGGGGCGUUGGAACUGGUUGAGAAACUGACACCUGAGGCUGGAGAGAUCACAGCCAGCGUAAAAGACCUGCCUGGCCUCAAGACUCCUCUAGGAAGAGGACGUGCCUGGUUACGACUGGCCUUGAUGCAGAAGAAGCUCUCUGACUACAUGAAGACCAUCAUCAACAGAAAGGACCUGCUCAGUGAAUUUUAUGAGCCCAACGCGUUGAUGAUGGAGGAGGAGGGAGCCGUCAUCGCUGGGCUGCUCGUUGGACUAAAUGUCAUUGAUGCCAAUCUGUGCAUGAAAGGAGAAGACCUGGAUUCACAGGUUGGGGUAAUCGAUUUCUCAAUGUACCUCAAAGACGGAGGACACAGUAGUAAGAGUGCAGAAGGCGAUGGUCAGAUCACCGCAAUACUCGAUCAAAAGAAUUAUGUGGAAGAGCUCAACAGACAUUUAAGUGCAUCAGUAAACAAUCUCCAGGCCAAGGUGGAUGCUCUGGAAAAGUCCAACACAAAGCUAACUGAGGAGCUCGCUGUGGCAAACAACAGGAUCAUCACUUUACAAGAGGACGUGGAGAGAGUAAAGGAGGAGAGCUCAUAUCAGCUGGAGUCCAGGAAGGCUUUAAGAAGCGACUCAGCGCCCGACGGGCAAGCGCUGGGCGAGACGCGCAAGCAGCUCAAAGAGGAAACUCUGCUUCGACUGGAUGUAGAGAAAGAGCUGGAGGUGCAGAUCGGGAUGAAGCAGGAGAUGGAGUUGUCCAUGAAGAUGCUGGAGAAAGACAUCUGUGACAAACAGGACGCGCUGGUGGAGCUGAGGCAGCAGCUGGACGACCUUCGUGCCAUCAACCAGCAACUGAGCCACAAGUCACAGAGCGUAGAUGCCAGCUCCAAACAGAAGAGUGAAGCCAUCACUCGCCUGGAGGAGAAAAUCAACCAGAUGACCGGCACGAUAAAACAGCUGGAAGCCAGAAGCAAACAGGCUGACAGAGAGAGGGACCUGGCACUGGAGGCGAACCGGCUCUUCAAGCAGGACUUUGGAGACAAGAUCGAGAGUCUGCAGGUGGAGGUGGAGCAGCUGAGGAAGCACAGGUCUAAGUUGGAGAAGGAGCUGAGAAAGGAGCGUGAGCGAAGGAGCGAGCCUCCUCCCAGACCUCCCAGUGCUCCUCAGAAGGACCGGUGGCCUCCGGAGAGCAUUCCUGGACUUGUCCCAGAAUCCCCAUCGGUCAAAAGAGACAGCGACCAGCUCAGUGGACAGGAGGACAAAAGCAGCCUGAGCUCCAGCUUAUCCUUAUCGCACCAUGAAGAUGAGCAGGACGAGUCGUUCGUUGAGAUCGGUCCACCUUCGCUCUGUUCGAUGUGCGAACAGGACGACUCACUGCUGAAGGCAAAGAAACAGUGUAAGAACUGCAGCGGGCUUUUCUGUGAGAGCUGCGUGACCAACGAGCUGCCGCUGCCUUCCUCCAUCCUCCCAGAGACUGUGUGCACAGUCUGCUACGCUCGCUUACUCCAACAAUACGCUUCAAUUCCAACAUGAACACAGGAAGCCCCAGACGCAGUGGCUUCUUACAGACACUGCAGAUAUGCACUUUUUGACCUCAUGGCUCAUACAGGUCAUUAACUCUGAGGGGGUUUUGUGUCUUGUUUUUUUUUUUUUUUUUUUUUAAUUAGAAAUUUUUAAGUCAGCAAAGUCCAAACAGGUGCCACUGAAAUCUGUGUAUGUGCAGAUGUACUGUUGAGCUCAUAGCGCCUCCUCCCAGAUGGAGCAUUUUGUUUUACAGGAGCUGCACAUGCAAAGCUGAAAAUCAGCCUGGUUUGACCCAACUGACUAAAAACACAGGAUUCAUCUCAGUCAUUUAAAAUCUCCAAAAUGUCCACUAAGUGGAUAAUUGAUUAAUAGGUUUUAAAAGAUAACAGUUUUAAGCUGACUCCAGUUUACCCGUUUACUUACUGUAAACCACACAGCAUCACCUCAAGGACAAACAGACAAAAAAACAAUCAGACCAAAUGGUAGCAGUGCAGACUUUGAAAUCGGUAAACACAUUUAUGUUGAAGUGUUGCUUUAAGCAAACGGUUGAAUAUUUAAAGCACAUAUCAUAUGACUCUGUUGUCAGGUGGCGUUUAUGUUGCAGGGUUGUUAAAGGAUUAGUUCAACAGUUAUAUAUUAUAACUGCUUAUAUAUUAUAAUUAUAAUGGAGCUAUAUUUGCUUUCAUGCUGCAGGAGUUUUUAUAUCCAAUAUGAAGCUACAGCGUGUCAUGGGUUGGUUUGGUUUAGCUCAGAAGCCUAGUCACCUAGCCAACUAGUCUUUGAUCAAUGCUAAGCUACAUAGCUAUUAGCUGGGGCAUCAGAUUUACUAUAAGAACAUUUAAAUUCUAGAUUUCUCUCUGGGGGAGCAACUGUUUCUGGGCGUGUAAACAUCUUACAGCACAUUAACAAACUCGCCUCUGUGCCAGACUGGUUUGAAAAGUGGACAUCAUAGCGUCUGUAUUUUUAUGUUUUUGUUGAUUAGUAUAAUAAAUAAUAAUUAGAAGCUGGGUGACAUCGCUUAAACUUUUAUGUUUACUUGGUGAUGCUACUGUGAAAUGUUUCUCAGAGCAACAAUAAACUUUUUACCAUUACA